CCAGCAGCCAGACAGUCUCGCACAGUCAGCGAUCGUGUUCACUGCUAGCUCCUCAAGUAGAUCUUUCCGAAAAAAAAAACCAACCAAGAUGUCACGCUCUUUUCUCAUGGAUUCCCUGCUCAGCGACCGACCGAAUCUGAAGAAGGAGUCCAGUGGAAGUCCCUCCGCUUCAGCCUCCGCUACCGCCGCCGCCGCCGUGGCCGCAGCUGCCAUGUUGCCUUCGAUUCCGAUGCUUCCGUAUCCGGCCAGCUAUGUGGGCAGCUACCUCUUCUCCCUGGGCAUUCAGCAGCAGCAGCAACAGGCCGCCGCAGCAGCUGCUCUCCAGCAGCAGACGCUCCACUCCAGUGCCACCACCAGCUCCAGUCCCACCUCGCUGUAUCAUCCAUACGCCCAGUUGUUUGCCCCGAAGCGCAAGUCCAGCGGUUUUGGCAAUUACGAGAGCUGUUAUCCUUCGCCACCGCUGUCUGCCAAUCCCAAUAGCCACCAGGCUCAGCAGCUGCCUCUUCACAGUCUCUACGGAACUCCAGGUGUCCAUGGAUUGCCUCUGCCCGAACCCGGCAGUUUCUGCACUUCGCCUUCGGCUUCGUCUUCCGCCUCCCAGGAUUAUGCCAACAACUACGAUGAGCCGCAGGGAAAGCGCUUUAAGCACGAGUCCUCCUGCUCGCCUAACAGCUCGCCGUUGAAGAUGCCUUCCACCGGUGCUGCCCAGGAUAUCACGCCUUUGAUCAACGACUAUGCUGAUUCCAGCAAGAGGAUCCGCACGGCCUUCACCAGCACUCAGCUCUUGGAACUGGAGCGUGAGUUCUCGCACAAUGCCUACUUGUCCCGCCUGCGGCGCAUUGAGAUUGCCAACAGGCUGCGUCUCUCCGAGAAGCAGGUGAAGAUCUGGUUCCAGAAUCGACGCGUCAAGCAGAAGAAAGGCGGCUCCGAGAGUCCCACAUUCAAUCUGUCCACCAACUCUGGUAGUGGUAGUCCUCAAACAUCGCCGGUAUCCGCGCACCAGGCCAAGAUCCACGAGCUAAAGGUGGAGGCGUAGGAAAAGCGAUGAAAAGAAGUCAACAAUUGUACAGUAGAACUUAGUCUGUUGUUAGU